ACUACGUCUGAUGAAGUAGACAUUCUAAUAACACAUCAAAACGAUACGGCGAUCCGGUUACUACAGAACUACGAGCGAAAUGGCAACAUGGAGGACUUAGAGAAGGCCGUUAGCAUCAUGGAGCAAGUGGUUGAUAUGACGCCACAAGAAUCGAUCAACCUAAUGGUUAGGUUAAGCAAUUUUGGCAGUAUGCUCAGUAGGCGAUUUGAGCAAACUGGGUCCAUGGACGAUCUCAACCGCGCUGUAGAUGUCGCCGACAAAACAGUCCAUGCUACUCCUCAAGACCAUCCCGAUCGA